AUGCAAUUAGCUUGUCACAAAACAUCUACCCAUCUACACAGCAUAUACCCCGCCACAAAGCAACUACCAAUCUACACAGCAUAUACCCCUCCACAAAGCAACUACCCAUCUACACAGCAUAUACCCCUCCACAAAGCAACUACCCAUCGACACAGCAUAUACCCCUCCACAAAGCAACUACCCAUAUACACAGCAUAUACCCCGCCACAAAGCAACUACCAAUCUACACAGCAUAUACCCCUCCACAAAGCAACUACCCAUCUACGCAGCAUAUACCCCUUCACAAAGCAACUACCCAUCGACACAGCAUAUACCCCUCCACAAAGCAACUACCCAUCUACACAGCAUAUACCCCGCCACAAAGCAACUACCAAUCUACACAGCAUAUACCCCUCCACAAAGCAACUACCCAUAUACACAGCAUAUACCCCUCCACAAAGCAACUACCAAUCUACACAGCAUAUACCCCUCCACAAAGCAACUACCAAUCUACACAGCAUAUACCCCUCCACAAAGCAACUACCAAUCGACACAGCAUAUACCCCUCCACAAAGCAACUACCCAUCUACACAGCAUAUUCCCCUCCACAAAGCAACUACCCAUCUACACAGCAUAUACCCCUCCACAAAGCAACUACCCAUCGACACAGCAUAUACCCCUCCACAAAGCAACUACCAGUCGACACAGCAUAUACCCCUCCACAAAGCAUAUACCCCUCCACAAAGCAACUACCCAUCGACACAGCAUAUACCCCUCCACAAAGCAACUACCAAUCUACACAGCAUAUACCCCUCUACAAAGCAACUACCCAUCUACACAGCAUAUACCUCUCCACAAAGCAACUACCCAUCUACACAGCAUAUACCCUCCACAAAGCAACUACCCAUCUACACAGCAUAUACCCCUCCACAAAGCAACUACCAAUCGACACAGCAUAUACCCCUCCACAAAGCAACUACCAAUCUACACAGCAUAUACCCCUCUACAAAGCAACUACCAAUCUACACAGCAUAUACCACUCCACAAAGCAACUACCAAUCUACACAGCAUAUACCCCUCCACAAAGCAACUACCCAUCUACACAGCAUAUACCCCUCCACAAAGCAACUACCCAUCUACACAGCAUAUACCCCUCCACAAAGCAACUACCAAUCUACACAGCAUAUACCCCUCCACAAAGCAACUACCAAUCUACACAGCAUAUACCCCUCCACAAAGCAACUACCCAUCUACACAGCAUAUACCCCUCCACAAAGCAACUACCAAUCUACACAGCAUAUACCCCUCCACAAAGCAACUACCCAUCUACACAGCAUAUACCCCUCCACAAAGCAACUACCCAUCUACACAGCAUAUACCCCUCCGCAAAGCAACUACCCAUCUACACAGCAUAUACCCAUCCACAAAGCAACUACCAAUCUACACAGCAUAUACCCCUCACAAAGCAACUACCAAUCUACACAGCAUAUACCCCUCCACAAAGCAACUACCCAUCGACACAGCAUAUACCCCUCCACAAAGCAACUACCCAUCGACAUAGCAUAUACACAAAGCAACUACCCAUCUACACAGCAUAUACUCCACAAAGCAACUACCAAUCUACACAGCAUAUACCCCUCCACAAAGCAACUACCCAUCUACACAGCAUAUACCCCUCCACAAAGCAACUACCCAUCUACACAGCAUAUACCCCUCCACAAAGCAACUACCCAUCUACACAGCAUAUACCCCUCCACAAAGCAACUACCCAUCUACACAGCAUAUACCCCUCCACAAAGCAACUACCCAUCUACACAGCAUAUACCCCUCCACAAAGCAACUACCCAUCUACACAGCAUAUACCCCUCCACAAAGCAACUACCGAUCUACACAGCAUAUACCCCUCCACAAAGCAACUACCGAUCUACACAGCAUAUACCCCUCCACAAAGCAACUACCAAUCUACACAGCAUAUACCCCUCCACAAAGCAACUACCCAUCUACACAGCAUAUACCCCUCCACAAAGCAACUACCCAUCUACACAGCAUAUACCCCUCCACAAAGCAACUACCCAUCUACACAGCAUAUACCCCUCCACAAAGCAACUACCCAUCUACACAGCAUAUACCCCUCCACAAAGCAACUACCCAUCUACACAGCAUAUACCCCUCCACAAAGCAACUACCAAUCUACACAGCAUAUACCCCUCCACAAAGCAACUACCCAUCUACACAGCAUAUACCCCUCUAUAA